CUAGAGCGCAUUCGAGCAGCACGCUACCAACAUUAACACAUCAUUUGCUGAAACCAAACAUUGCGUGUAUAAAUCUUUACUGAUUUAUAAAAUGUCAUUGUUUAAUAAUAACGCUUACAAUAAUUUUCUACCUUAUAGAAAAAGGUAUAGACUAUGGAAACAAAGUGUCGAUGUUCCAGUACCAUUAAAGACAAGGCGUAGAUGGAGAAAUAAUAUUACUGCAGAAAAUAUUUAUGAUAAUGAAAGAAUGAAUGAUAUAUCCAAUAAUGCCGAAGAAAAUAGUAACUCCAAUAGUAACAGUUUUAUUAAUAGUAAUGAUGCUGAAGAUUUUGAUGUGAAGAGAGAGAACACAAAUAUAUUAAUAACUAAUUUAAAUCAUUGCCACGAAAAAACAAUAAAUGUUAAUAAUAAUUCAAACAAUUUUGAUAUUAUACAUAAUGAAAGUGAGGCUAAUACUAUCAAUAUUGAUAAUAAGAAUGAUGAUCAAUUGAAUGAUGAAAACAAUUUUGAAAUAUUACAAGAAAAUUCAUGUGAUGAAAUAAUUGUGAAUAUUUUAGAAUUGUAUGUUCGUCAUAAAUGGACUAAAUCAAGUUUGCAAGAUAAUUUGUUACUUUUGCGAAAAGUAGCUUCUAACAAAACACAAAUUCCUAGCACAAUUUACAAAUUAUUCCAAUAUGUAAAAGAUCGUGUUCCUAAAUUCACCACUACAAAACAUUUUUCUUGUACAAACUGUUUAAAUUACAAUGGCAUUAAAAUUAACAGUAAUUGUCUUUUGUAAUAAUAAAAAGUUUGCUUUUUUUUUUUUAAAUUGAUAUCUGUGAACAGUUAAAGUUUAUGUUUGAGAAUUGUAAUUUAGUUAAAAAGCUAAAGCCGUCACUUAAUGAUGAUGAUGAAGUUAUUAGUGAUAUAACUGAUGGUUCCGAAUAUAUAAGAGUAAAUUCUCGUAAUGACAGAGAAAAAUAUGAUUUAACUUUAAUACUAAAUACUGAUGGUAUUUCUAUUACAAAAAGUUCAAAAAGUCACUGCUGGCCACUAGUUUUUACAAUUUCGGAAUUACCAGAAUAUCUUAGAGAAUCUUAUUUAAUUAUGAUAGGUUUAUGGUACGACGAGGACUAAUGAAUACAUUUUUAAAACCAUUUUGUUUAAAAUUACAAAAAUAUUUUACUAAAGGUAUUCGCUGGAUUGACCCAGUAACUAACUUAGAAGUAGUAUCAAAAAUUGUAAUGCCUUUAAUUAUUGCUGAUGCUCCAGCAAGAGCGCAAUUGCAAAAUAUAUUAAACUUUAACAGAAAAUAUGGCUGCAACAUUUGUGAAAUUAAAAUGAAAAAAUGCGAUAGAGUACAAGGUAAAAAGAGUUAUCGUAUAUAUCCUUAUAAUACAAUAGAAAGUAAAUUAAGAAAUAAUAAUCGAAUGAUAAGACAAGCUGAACAAAUUAUUGAUUCAGAAAAAAAACAUAAAAAGGGUGUCAAAGGUCCUUCUAUUAUUUCUAGUUUACCAUUGCUUGAUUUAGGAACAUGUGUAAUUCCAGAGUAUAUGCACUCUGUAUUACUGGGAGUUACUCGACAAUUUUUAGAUUUAUGGUUAAAUAAAAAAGGACCGUGGUCCAUAAAAAAAUUUAUUCCUGAAAUUGAUGACAUUUUGCUUAAGAUUCGACCACCACAUUUUUUUAAUAGAAUGCCAAGAUCUAUUAAGCUUUAUUUAUUUAUAAUUUAUAUCUUUAUUUAUAAUUUUCUUCAAUAUUAUAAAUAAAGCUUCAGAAUUAUACAACUGGAUAUUGUUUUAUUCGCUGCCAUGUUUAGUUAAUUAUUUACCAGAUCCGUAUUUUCAACAUUGGAUGUUACUUGUAAAAUCACUAUUUACUUUGCUUCAAGAUAAAAUAAAAAAACAACCCGAUCUUAAAUUAGCAGAAAUUUAUUUAAAAUCUUUUGUCCAAAACAUAAAAUUUUUAUAUAAUGAUCGUCAAAUGAAAUACAAUGUACAUCAACUACAACAUCUCGUUCUCAUUGUAAAACGAUGGGGUCCUUUAUGGGUUACAUCAGCAUUUCCAUUUGAAAAUUUUAAUGGAAUAUUAGUUCACAAUAUUCAUGGUAAAAAGCAUAUAGGACAAGAAAUAAUGAAUAAUUUAAGUAUUGCACAAGGUUUACAAGUACUCAAAACACAAAAAGUAAAAAA